GUACGCGGAGAGGACGCGAUGGGCCUUGGGCACGUGCCGCUGCAGGCGUACGUCAAGAAGCUCAGCGGAGGGCUCGAGGACACGAGCGAGGCGGUUGACUUCUUCGGCAUGGGCUCGGGGAAAGCGACGUCGAGGGUAGUCGGCCAGCUAAUCCAGUACUCUGGCAACAAGGGCUUUGUGUUCAUCUUGCCCCCGGCUGGCGGGCCGCACGUCUUCGCCCAUCGUGCGGAUUCAGGUGGAUGCCUGGAGGAGCUGGAGCUCGGGUCGGACAUGUUUUUCGUCAAGGAGUGGGACGACCGCAAAGGCAGGCACAAGAUGGUGCUGGUCUGCGGGCGGAUCCACGGCUUCAACACGGAGAUGUCCGACGGUUCGGGCAAGAUGCAGGAGGUGCGCUUCGAGGGGGUCAGCAGGCUCGAGUUCGAGCAGACCCUCCAGCAGGCGCUGGGCAGCAAGAAGGCCGAGGGCAUCCUCGGGCUUGUCCUGAAGGCGAAGGAUGAGCUCAACAUCGAGGACGGGUAG